AGGCGGAGGAAGCGCGGAGCCAGCCGGGUGAAGCCUCUGCCUGCCUCUCCCUCCAUGGCCUCGCAGAACGACGACCCCGGCGCCAUCGCCCGCGGACCCAGCAAGGCGGCCGAACCCGGCGGGGUCGCCGCCCGGGGCUCGGUCCGCAGCAGGCUGCAGCAGGAGCUGAUGGCCCUCAUGAUGUCCGGAGACCACGGCAUCUCCGCCUUCCCGGAGUCGGACAAUCUCUUCAAGUGGAUCGGGACCAUCAACGGCGUGGCUGGGACGGUCUAUGAGGACCUGAGGUACAAGCUGUCCUUGGAGUUCCCCAGCGGCUACCCCUACAACGCCCCCACUGUCAAGUUCCUCACCCCUUGCUACCACCCCAACGUCGACCUCCAGGGCAACAUCUGCUUGGACAUCCUGAAGGACAAGUGGUCAGCUCUCUACGACGUCCGGACAAUCCUGCUCUCCAUCCAGAGCUUACUGGGAGAGCCAAACGUGGAGAGUCCCUUGAACACGGAGGCUGCCGAGCUCUGGAAGAACCAAGCAG